CGCAUUCAUUCGUUUCAUUCAUUGUCCGCACGCACGUAUUACUGUCGAGUCGUUCUUUCAUCCCACCUUCGCCUCCCUCCUCUGUCUGUCUGUCUGUCUGUCUGUCACGCAUGCACAGGAUGACACAUCCCUCCUUGCCCCUUCCCCCGUCCAUUCCCCUCAUCUGGUCGUCUGUCCCUCACUCAGUCAUCGCUCAUUCAUCGUCUGUUGGUGUUGCUGAAUGGUCGUCGCUGCAUCAUGGCGGCCGGGUUGUUGUUGAAGGCCUGUCGGGUGCUGGUUGUGUGGUUCAGGUGCUGAGUAGGGGGCACGAAUGACAUCUGAGUGACAGCACAAUCACACACAGACAAGGAGAUCGUUCGUGUGUGUGUGGAGGUUGUGGUUGUCUGGUCGGUUGACCUGUGUGUUUGUGAUGUUUGUCCGCGUGGGCAUGUUCUGAGUGGGCAGGUCGAACUCACGAUGAGCGGGACGAGAAGACGACCUGCACACAUGAGUGCACACACAUGUGAGUCGUUGUUGUGUUUUGUUUGUCGUACGUGUUGCCGAAGGAUCGACGGCUCGCCAUGUCCGCCUUCAGAUACUAACAGACACACAGACAGACAGAGAUGGGUGCAUGUGGAUGUGGAUAACGUGUCUGUGUGUGUUGACGGUCAUUUGCUGUGUAGAAAGAUUGUGCGACACAUGCGACUGACACACAACACAGCACACACACAUUGGUCGCGUCCAUGUAUCGAUUCCCCUCGCAUACGUGCUGGUUGUGUGUCUGGAGAGGAGUGGGCGGCUCGACAAGAGGCACCUGCACACACACACAGAAAGAGAGAUGCAUCAGUGAGUGUGUGUUGGCUGUCUGGUUCACUUGUCUGUUGUUGAAUGGAUUGGGUAUUCGUUGGAUGAUUCGAGUGGAGGUCAUUGUGGGCUGGGCCUGGUGGGGAUACGGGUGCUGCUGCUGCUGCUGCUGCUGCUGUAGUCGAUGGAGGGACGAUCGCAACUCAGCCAACUCAGCCUGACAGAAUGACACAGACACACAGAGUGUGGACGGUCAGUCGCUGUGUGUCUGUGUGUGUGUGUCAUGGUUGCCUUGGUGUUGUGCAGUUCGUUGGUCUUCUGCUGCAGUUUAUGGUGUACGUGUGUGCAGUCUGUUGGGGUCCACUUUCCAUGAUCACUGCUCGUUAUGUGUGCCUUUUUCGGGUGAAUGAAUGGACACUUGAUCGCACUGCACGAUAGAUACGCACACAGACACACACGCCUCGUUUGCUGAUGACAUUUCUGUCGCAUGUGUGACGGUCGAUAAGUGAAUCAUUCAUUCCUCAUGGAGUCACUGCAUCCCCAUGCAAUCAAAAGGUCUGACUCAGCAGACAGCACUCCGCCCAUCCAUGUCCAUACCCACCCUGGCAUCAUCCACCACGGUGCACAUUUUGUGUGCGGCGGUCAUUUCGUUGAUGUGCUGUUGCAUUGCUUUCCGCUCGGACAGCAAGACAUGCAUCACGGCCUCUUGCUUCUCACGCUGCACACACGAUGACGACACACACAUCGAUAUCUGUGAGUCCAUCUGUGUGUUGUGUGUGUCGUGCCUGGAACUUGUAGGCUUCGAAUGCCUGAGUGCAUGUCUCUUCGAACACAGUCUGGAAGGGUCGCAGGAAGGGCAAAGCAGAGGAGGGCACGGAUUUGGGGUUAGACAGGUCAAUCACACCCUCACGCACACUCUGACGCGCACCUGUUGUGACACAUACACAUACACAUAGAGAGAGACAUGCCAAGGGUGAAAUUGCUGUAUGUCCGUCUGCCUGUGUGUCCACCGACCGCAUUUGGUGCACGUGUGUGUCCCAUUGUUGGCGGCCGCUGUGCACUGGCUGUAGCACGACUCACACAUGCAGCACGAACACGACCUGCAACAAACAAACAAAAACACACCGUCACACAUCACACAUGUAUGUGUCUCGAGUGAGAGAGUGCGUGUCCCCCCCAACGCACCAGGGGAAUCUUGCUCGGGUGACGUGCUGUUUGGUGUGGAUGCAGAUGUCACACCAGAGAGGGAUGAAGCCGCUCGACGACAGGCCACAGUCCUCGAGGGCCAGAGAUGAUGAGCCAUGGCCAUCCAUCAUGUGUCGACACUCACUCACUGCUGCUGUGUCUCUCACGCCUGUCGUUGAUGGAUGGAUGGGUGCUGAUUGAAUUGCUCGACUGUUGAUUCUCACAUUUGCUCGAUCGUCGUGUCUAUGUACGCAAUCGUGCCUGUCGCACCGGUCGAUCCGUUAGACGUGUGUGUCUCACUCCAUGCCAUGCCUGUCAUCUGCGUCGUCCUGCAAACGAGAAAAACUCCUCCGUACGCAGCCAGCCAGUGAGCGCAUGAAUGAAGUAUGAAUGCGUGUCGCCCAGCUGCAGUCAUUGCUCGUACAUAUCUCCGAUUAUGUACGACAGCAACAAAUAUUCACCACACGUAGCGGAAAAAGUAAAAAGCACCAGAUUAGAGAGACGUAAAAGACACGCAUAUACGUCUGAUGUCUGGAUCGAUGACGGUUGUGUCGUCAUAUGUAAUACACUUGUCCGCACGGGAGCUCGGUGGCAGGUGAACAAUGCAGAACAAUGCCAAAUCCCUCCCCCGAAGCACGGAAAAAUACAUAUAUAUCAAUGUCUCAUCGACGCGCAAGGGGAGAAGGGUCGAGUGGGGAAAGAGGUGAGGAAGGGGCACUACACGAGGGAAUGGAUAGAGGGGAGCUCGAGAGAGGACAAAUACAGACGGGAGGUGUGUCUGCAUACGAACGGAUCUUAUAUGACCUACGCACGUACGAAUGCAAAACAAAAUCCUCACGCACCUAUACACACAUGCACAUAAACAUGCAUUCACUAUAUACGGAGGGGAAUACACGACGCAGACAGGAGGGGCCGCCGUCAAAAAGUGCCCUGCCGGUCGCAUGGUCAGUGGCUUCUCGCGGCAUGUGUCAAAAAAGGGUCGGCUGCACAGACGCAUACGUAAUUACGUACACACAUACAUGAACCUAUUUCCAUAUUUAUAUGUAUACGUGUUGAGAUAGGGGCGCUGUGGCCGGGGGGCGGGUGGGCAAAAACAGCACGCCGCGGGAAGGGGGAGACACACUAGGGAUCCAUACAUGGACUCAGGCAUCCAUCAAGGGAGGUAAGAAGCAUUCACGGUCGGUCGGUCGGUCGGUCAUUUGCGUGAAUGAGCUGACUAAAGACAAAGCACAUCACAGACACCUACGAGCGUACAUGCACCAGCCAUGCAAACAACAAGCACAGACGCCCACACACGGCCACCGCACGACACCACGGCAAGUCACGAUACACAGAUAAAGUUGGUUCCUUUCUGCCAUAUGACGCACACAAACACCCAAACACACGCACAGAGGGAGAAAGAAACACAGAAAGGAGGGAAGAGCACAGGCAAAUACGUCCACGCACUUGACACCGCUGGCUGUGUAUGGUCAGG